CGGAGCUCAAAUUCAGUCCUGUCAGUGAGUAGAGGCACUCAGAAAUAGCAGAGAAGAGAGGGAGCACAGAAACGCAUGGUGAACUAAUGGAUUACUCUCACAGACUCUUGUGAACUACACAGCACCGACAUACCAUCAACCACACAACCUGGCAAAUACAGUACAGACAUACAAUAUUCACACUGAUUUCACUUCAGCCUCAUACACUCAAAAAGCUCUCUACAAAUUUAGAUCACACAGACUUUGAGACAGACAGUUCUAACACAGGUCUCUUAAUCUACAUUAGAGUAAAUAGACAAACGGAUUCUCUGAUUCUGACACAAACACAGACACAAUGGAAAUGCAUGGGCUUCAGUGUUGAACUGAAGGACCAAAGAUGUGAAUUUCGGUGAGGACUCUCUGACACCUUUGUGAAACAUCACUGAAGAGCACCACAAGCAAAACAGGACACGCAUGAGGAGGUUGACCAUGCACUGACAAAAAGGCAUGGAAACCAUCUCCGGGGAAAUGGGUUGGAAUAGAUUUGGCCACUCCUCUCUGGCAUCCGUGACAACAGGAAGAACCAACCUCACUUCCUCCCUCUUCUCCGACUUCACGUCCCUCAACAGUUCUCACGAAGGCGCAGGGUCCUAUUACUGGAUUAUCCCCGAGAACGCCUCAGCCACCACGCCCCAUGCCUUACCCCAGCCCAGGGUGAGGGAUCUGGGUCUGGCCCGGGCGGAGAUAGGAGUCCUGGGCUUGGUGCUGGCCCUCACUACCCUAGGGAAUGGCUUCGUACUGUGGGUGCUGCUCCGCAGGAGGAAACACAACGCUCCGAUGCAUCUGUUCAUGGUCAACCUGUGUCUGGCUGACCUGGUGGUGGCGCUGUUCCAGGUUUUUCCCCAGCUGGUGUGGAACAUCACUGAAAGGUUCCAGGGGCCGGAUUUUCUGUGUCGCUCAGUAAAGUACCUGCAGAUCGUAGGGAUGUUCGCGUCCUCCUAUAUGAUUGUUGCCAUGACAGUGGACCGUCACUAUGCCAUCUGCUGCCCACUGCAGGCCUAUCGUGGUGGGUCCGUGUCCCGCUGGAACACCCCUAUUAUGAUGGCCUGGGGCUUGGCCUUACUUCUCUCUAUACCACAGUUGUUCAUCUUCUCGCGGUCGGAGGUGUCUCCAGGAGAGUUUGAGUGCUGGGCUCACUUCGCUGAGCCGUGGGGACUCAAGGCCUACAUCACCUGGAUGACCCUAGCAGUGUUCUUACUGCCAGCACUAAUCAUCACUGUCUGCCAGAUACGGAUCUUCAGAGAGAUUCACAACAACAUCUAUCUGAAGUCAGAGAGGAUGGUGUCAGCAGAGCUCAAGAAGAACAACGCUGUCAUCUUCCACUUCCACAGAGUCAAAAAGGACGAUGACAGAGCGACCAGGGAGCGGGGGAGGGGGGGAUGCAGAGGGGGGAGAGGAGCAGGAGUAGGAGGGGAGCAGCUUCUAAAGACUAUGAACAACAACCCCUCCAGCACUCUCUGCAACCCUCUCUUGCCGCUCUCCCCCCAGUCUACUACAGCUGUUGUACCCUCAGAGUGCUAUCCCUACCUGUCCCCCUCUCCACAGUACAGCAGCUGUCACAACAACUACACAGCAGCAACACAGCAAAGCCCCUUCAACACCCCAGAUAACCUAACCCUCCCCUCCAACCCCGGCCUCAGUGACCAAAGGGGCUCCAGUACAGCUGUAGUUCCCCCAUCAUGUGACCCGUGCCCACAUGGAUCCCAUGGCCCAGUCACCUCAGGUGGUUGUGGUGGUGGUUCAGUGCCUCCUAACAAUGGCGGAUGCCACUGUCGUGAGUCCUACACAUCCUUCGAGCUCCCAUCCUCCCCCGGUGUGUCCUCUCCACGCCCAUCGCUGGAGUACCCUCCCCCACCCCCCCGGGCCCUGACGCCCCCCUCCAUCUCCAAGGCCAUGUCUAAGACGGUGAGGAUGACUCUGGUGAUAGUGUUGGUCUACACAGUCUGCUGGUCCCCCUUCUUCAUCGUUCAGCUGUGGGCUGCCUGGGACCCCAACCCUCCAGACCAAGGCGUAGCGUUCACCAUCCUGAUGCUGCUGGCCAGUCUGAACUCGUGUACCAACCCCUGGAUCUACACCUUCUUCAGCAGCUCUGUGUCCAGGGAGCUACAGGCCCUGUUACGCUGCAGACCAAGAACCCUGCGCAGGGGCUCCAUACCUGACGACUCCACCACCACACACACCUCCACCACCAAGGACAGCCUCUACUGACACAUUCAGACACUCACACGUACGUACAGUUCGGUCAAUAUUUGUUGACACCUUUGAUAAAGAUGAGCAAAAAAAUCAUUAUGAAAUAAAUAAUACAAAUACUGAGCUA